AUGCAGAAUGCACCAGUUGUGCAGGGCAAGGUGGUUGGCAACCCAUAUGAGAUGGGACAGAUUCCGCCCCAACAAGACGCAAAUUUCGGGGGACAGCCGCCGGUGGUACGCGAUGAUCUGAAUGUCGUGCAGAUGUCAUGCAAGAACUCGGCGCUUCCUCCAGACAUCCGCCUCGGCUUUGUGAAGAAAGUCUACGGCAUACUCGGCACCAUGCUGCUCAUCACAUUCGGCCUCGCUCAGUUUUUCGUGUUCCAGAAGGAUGCGACAUUGGAUUUCCUCAGAGCGAACAUGUGGAUUGUGUACAUUGUCGGUGCCAUCGUUGUGGCACAGCUGUUUUUCGAUUGCGCAAUGUCGUGCCAACUUUGUUGUGGCGGCUCUAGCCUCAUACGGGGCUAUUUGAAGAUGAUGGUUACCGCUCCAUGGAACUACUUGUACUUGCUGGUGUUCUCCGUUUGUUUCGGAGUACUUGUCGGCUACAUUUGUGCGAGCUACACAGCAGAGUCCGUGCUCUUAGUUUUUGCCCUCACUUUGAUCAUGGUUGUCUGCCUGACGAUCUACGCAGUCCGAACAUCAGCGGAUUUUACUGGCUGGGGGCCCCAUAUGAUGGUCGUGGGAGUUGGCCUCGUGCUCCUGAUCAUAAUGUACUUUCUGCUGCCAGAUCGAACACUUUUCAGCAGACUUGCAGGUGCUAUUUGUGCGACAAUUUUCGGUAUGCUUAUUGUACACGACACCCAACUGAUCUUCGGCACAGCUUCCCUGGGAUUUGGCGGAAGCAGCAAGCAGUUUGAGUACACCAUUGACAUGUAUGCAUUUGCAGCGUGGAAUCUCUACCUAGACUUCAUCACGUUUUUUCUGUAUAUGCUACAGUUUCUUGGUAAUCGGGAAGGGUGA